AUGUCACUGCAUGGCUUUAAAGAAAGUACAGCAGCUAAUCAGUGUUGUUUUAAAUGUGACAUUUUGAAAGAAUUUAUUGAAGAGGGUAUUCAUCAUGAUUUAGAUGAUAUUGAUCAAAUUGAAUAUAAACGUCGAUGUAAUCAAUUAGAAUUAGUACAACAUGAUCAAUGUACGUUUGAUAAUUUGUCCAUAAAAUACGGUGUUAACAGUCGUAGUCUAUUUGAUCGAUUUGAUCGAUUGGAUCAUUUCAAUAUUAUGAAACAAGUGAUGUACGACCCCAUGCAUACAUUACUUGAAGGUGUUGUUCAAACACACGUAAAUUUGUUUAUCCAAUAUUGUCUUGAUCAUAACCAUUUUAAAAUGGAAGAAUUAUCAGAUAUUAUUAGUAAAUUCAAGUUUUAUGACACAAAUGAAAUUAGAUGUAAACCAAAAUUAGACAUGGAUUUAGAUCUUAAAAAACAACCAAACAACAGCAUACCGUUGACAAGUAUGCAAGUUUAUGUUUUAUGUAUGAAUUUUCCAUUUAUAUUGAAAUUGUUAUUGAAAAGCUCAACAUUUUAUGCAUACACAAUUGUUUUAACGCUUACUGAUAUUUUAUCAAUGUGUUUUGCAACAGAAGUUCAUCGAAUAAAGUCACCUGAAUUGCUAAAAAAAGCAAUCGAUUAUCACAAUAUUGAAUUUCGUCGACAAUACACAAAAAAAAUGAAACCAAAAUUUCAUUUUAUGAAACAUUUUCCAGGAGCAAUGAAGGAUGUUGGUCCAUUACGAUAUACCAACUGUUUAGCAACUGAACGUAAGCAUCAAUUCUUCAAAGCUGGUAAAACAAAAAAUUUUAUCAAUUUGCCACAGACAUUCGCAUAUCGUCGCGGAUUAUGGUCCGCACUAGUAAAUCACAAUCAAGAUGGAACUCAAUCGCACAAUGUAUUACAUGGUGAUGACGAAGCAAAACUGAGUGGGAAACGAACAAACGAUAAUGAAUUUCAAAAUACAAUUCAAAUGAUUAAUUUACAAGUUCCGCCACAAGCAUUGUUUAAAUUUAUUGUUAAAAAUGGAAUACAGUACAAUGAAGGAUGCGUGAUUAAUACAUCAACAGAACAUUUUCCAAAAAGUCCAACAUUAGAUCUAGUGAAAUAUAUUAUCAAUGAUGGUAUUAAUUUUGUAUUUAUUUAUCAGAAAAUUAAAAUAAUUGAUUAUUCUGUUCCUGUUUUUAUAGUGCAAGUUACGGAUACAGUAGAACAAUGUUUGUUUUCCAACUUAGUGUACAAAUUGUCAUUGAAAUUGGUUAUAAUAUUCAAUAUUCGUUAUGUUGCUUUGCAUCCAUAUGGUAUAGUUUAUGGUGCUAGAGCUUAUUUGUAG